UUUAGGUCAACUGAUCUGAAGCUUCUAGGCUUUCAGGAAAUAAUCUGUGUGGCUGUGAAUGAUCCAUUCGUGAUGUCUGCCUGGGGAAAUGCCAAAGGAGCAAAUGAUAAGGUACGAAUGCUAGCAGAUCCCACGGGAUUAUAUACAAAGACUAUUGGAAUGGAUACAAACAUUCCGGAAUUGGGAGGAACCAGGAGUAGAAGGUAUUCCAUGACUACUGUGAAUGGUAUUGUGAAGGAGUUAUUCGUAGAUGCAUCCAAUGUAAAACUUACGUGUCUACAGACAGAUGGCGUUUCUACAUAUUGUAUUUAAUGUAUUGGGUCUAGGAAUAACAGUAUAUAUAAUUCAAUAUAUUAAAACAUUUUGCUGUUCGAUGGUCUUCAAGC